CACUACUUCAGCGUCGUGGAGCCAUUUGGACCUAUCAGUGAUGACAAAGGGGGCGGGAUGUGAGCGGGUGGGUAGCAACAGUUGCCCGGGUGAGGACGAAGCGCCAUAGCCACGGUAGUCCUGGCGACAAGAGCCCAGCAACAAGAAUCAACAACAACAGCCCGAUUCAUUGAAACGCUAAAAAUCAAACAUAGCGGUGGAAAAAUCACUCGGAUUAAAAGCGUUUCAGCCAGGCGAUCUCGAUGGCGACUCCAGCCUAUGUCGGGGAGCUGCAGCAGACCUCCCAGCCUCCAGCGGGCGCUGUAACCGUAACACCGGGCCAGCCUGUCGUUGUCACGACCGCGGCGCCUCAGCAGUACCUGUCGGAGCUGCAAAAUACCGUGACCUCUGUCUCAGCAUCGGCAACCUCCGGCCAGGUCACUCCCCCUCCUGCGCAGACCCCGCCCACACAGGCCCCGCCCACACAGACUCAGUAUGUCCCAGCUGAGAUGCAGAAUUCACCCACGCAGUCCGGCAAUGCCCAAAACACGCCGCAGUACAUCGUGGUUACGGUUACAGAGGGCUCCAUCCAUUCCAGCGACUCGGUUUCAGAUUCCAGCCCCCCACCUGCAGUGGUACAGACCGGAGUUCCCACUCAGGUGGUGCAGCAGGUGCAGUCAGCCCAGCAGAGGUCUGUGGUCCAAGCCACAUCUCAGCCUACCAAGACUGAACAGGGCACACAAUUGAGCGUCACCAGCCUACAGCCUGUACACUUGACUCAGGAGCAGCUGCAGCAGGUACCCGUACAGCAUGUGUACACUAACCAGGUGCAGUACGUGGAGGGAGGAGACACAAGCUACACUACCAGCACCAUACGUUCCGGCAGUUUUGUGUACACCGACAGUCCCUUGUACACUCAGACCAGUGGUGCUCAGUAUUAUGAAAGCACCAGUGUCAGUGUCUCUGCCUCCCAGGCUGCCUCUCCUGUAAAUACAGGCUUUGUGACAGGGACAGGGCAAAUUGUGACCAGUGCCACGCCUGGCACAGGGGGUGGAGCCACAGCAGUAAUCGCAGUGUCAGGGACGGCCACUAACGGCUCUGGGGAUGGAGGAGGCGGGGCUAACGGGAGCAGUGGCAGCUACGUGAUUCAGGGAGGCUACAUGCUCAGCAGUGGUGGAGGCACCAGCAGCAGCAGCAGUGGAAACGGCCAGAGUUACUCACAAAAUGCUCGCGUCUCCCCGGCCACCGUGAGUAUUAGCGAGGGAGAGGAGAAUAGCGUGCCGUCUGCAGACAAAAAGCUGUCCUCUGGCCCUCAGGUGCAGUGGUUGUUGGAUAAUUAUGAGACGGCGGAGGGUGUGAGCCUGCCGCGCUCCACGCUCUACUGCCACUACCUGCUGCACUGCCAGGAGCAGAAGCUGGAGCCCGUCAACGCUGCCUCCUUCGGAAAACUCAUCCGCUCCGUCUUCAUGGGCCUGAGGACGAGGCGCCUGGGAACUCGAGGGAACUCAAAAUAUCACUACUAUGGGCUGAGGAUUAAAGCUAGCUCCUCUCUGCUCCGGCUAAUGGAGGACCAACAACACCUGGCAAUGAGGCAGCAGCCCUUCUCCCAAAAACAGAGGUUGAAGCCAGUACAGAAGAUGGAAGGAAUGACCAACGGGAUGUCGUCAGGGGCGGGACAACAGCAGCAGCAACAGACUUCAGGGCUUUCUGACAUCAGUGCCCAGGUGCAGCAGUACCAACAAUUCCUGGAUGCAUCCCGUGCUCUCCCAGAGUUCCCUGAAAUUGACUUGCAGGGCAAACCUUUGCCAGAGGGCAUUGAGCUGGAACACAUUAAGAGCUUUCAGCUACUCUACAGAGAGCACUGCGAGGCCAUCCUGGACGUCAUGGUGAACCUGCAGUUCACACUGGUGGAGACACUGUGGAAAACGUUCUGGAGGUUUAGCGAGAGCCAGGCAGGAGACACGGCCACGCUGGCUGUUCAUGAUGAGUCAGAGAAGCGGCUGCCUAAGUCAUGCCUGGUGCUGCUUUGCAAGUAUGAGCCAGCGCUGCGUUGGAGCCGUGACUGUGACAACACACUGUACCAGGGCCUGGUGGAGAUCCUCAUCCCAGACGUACUGAGACCCAUACCCAGUGCCUUAACUCAAGCCAUCCGAAACUUUGCCAAGAGUCUGGAGAGCUGGCUGACUAACGCCAUGAUGAACAUUCCCGAGGAGAUGGUCCGCAUCAAAGUGACAUGUGCGAAUGCAUUUGCACAGACGCUGCGCAGGUACACCUCUCUGAACCACCUGGCCCAGGCUGCUCGUGCUGUGCUGCAGAACACUGCGCAGAUCAACCAGAUGCUCAGCGACCUCAACCGAGUCGACUUUGCAAACGUGCAGGAGCAGGCCUCUUGGGUGUGUCGGUGUGAGGACCGUGUGGUGCAGCGGUUAGAGCAGGACUUUAAGCUCACCCUGCAGCAGCAGAACUCACUGGAGCAGUGGGCUGCCUGGCUGGAUGGUGUCGUCUCCCAGGUCCUAAAGCCCUACCAGGCCAGCCCGGCCUUCCCCAAAGCUGCUAAACUCUUUCUGCUCAGAUGGAGCUUCUACAGUUCUAUGGUAAUCAGAGAUCUGACACUGCGCAGUGCAGCCAGUUUUGGCUCCUUUCAUCUCAUCCGCCUGCUGUAUGAUGAGUACAUGUAUUACCUAAUAGAGCACAGAGUGGCCCAGGCCAAAGGGGAGACCCCUAUCGCUGUCAUGGGAGAGUUUGCAAGCCUUGGUCGCAGUCUUAACACACUGGAUCCUGAUAAAGAAGAGGAGGAUGAGGAGGAAGAGGAGAGUGAUGAUGAGUGUCAGGAAUUGGCUCUGCCUGCUGACGGAGCCGCUCUUGGCGAGGAGUCUCUGGAGCCGCCUGCUAAGCUCGCCCGAACCGACCAGAGAGUGCUCUUCAGCAACACAGAGAACUGAGAACGCACAUUCCACCACCACACACACACACACAUACACACACACACACUUUGUUAUGUAAACAUAGUGAUUACAUGCUGCAGUUCACAUAACUCUAUUCACAUAUACUUACUCACACAUAUACACUGAAACACACACAAACACACACACACACACACACACACCUUUAAAGAAAUACUUAAUGUUUUUUAAACCAAUCUUUAUCGACUAAAUCUGUAGCUUGUGUGUGUUUACCACAGUCCUUGGCACAUUUCCUUGUACUGAGAAAAGAAGAGAUACUUUACUUGUUUACUUGCUUAUAAAGGAAGUCUCAGGGCAGGAAAAAUUCAUGACGUUGUAUAAGCAUUUAUCAACUGCCCCAUAAACUACCCUUAGACCUCAAAUAUAAGUGGGUUUUAAGUUGUUUAUGUUCUUUUAUCAGUACAGCAAAACAUGCCAAAAUGUAAUCACACGUACGCUACAGAUGUGUAGAUAUCUGACUGAAAAACUCUGGAGUAUUCCUCCUGGAGUAAGACACAAUCGCUGGCACGAUUUUAAUGUUACAGGGGCAUGAUAGAGAGAUGUAUUUUACUGAUAGUAAACAAACACACUUCAGUCUGAAAAGGGGUGUGUCAGUCAGUCCAACGACCUGCAAACACAGCGGAGAUGAGUUUUCUUUGCACCUUCAUGCUGGCACUGCGUCUGCCCCACAGAGCUGUGUCAAAGAGAACAGCAAAAGCAUGAACAAUGAGACACUGGAAAUAUGUUUGUGGACAUACUGGAGCCACUGAGCCACGUGAGCUUCUGUCUGUCAGACUCCUGCAGCCCGUGAGGGUAAAAACGGGCGCAAUUAGGUGCCAGCAGAAUGACUGUAAACAUGUAUGUGCACGUGUGUGUGUGCGUGCUGUGUAUUUCCUGCGGCAGCCCCGCUGUGUGUCGUCUGUGUGUUUGUGGGUGGACUGGGGCCUUCCUGCCGCGCUGAUCUGAGUGAACGUGGUAUUUUUGUGUGCGAGUGCGUGCGUGUAUAUAUGUGUGUAUGUUGUUCUUAAGAAAUGAUAAUAGUUGUUUUUGUUGGUGGAUAUUUUCAUGCAUUCAUUCUCUUUUUUUUUUUUUUGUCAUUCUUGUUGCCUUUAUUGUACACUAACGUGUGUUACAUACCAAGUUAAGAUUCAGUUUAAAACCUAAAGAGAGUUCCCAUUAAUUUUAAUUCUCUUCAGUCCCUUUCUCUGAAUCCUGCCUUAUGUUUUCUUUCCUUUUUUACACUUUUGUUUUUGCACUUUUUUGUUGUUUGGUUUUGGUGUACCAUUCCAGACUUGGUAUAGGAUUGAUAGUAUCUGUGUCGUCUAACUAGAGUCACAAAGUGGAGCCCUUCUCUGUGUUAGACUGGUGAUUUGCACUGUUUUGUGCACAUUUAAUGGUAUAUUGGUAUGUGUAUUCAACUCACUCUGGUUUCUGAUUCCCUACUGCCUACACAGUUUUACUCAGAGAAAGGGUGUGAUAACAUCUGUUCAAUGCAAAGUGGGCAGGCAGUGAUGAAUGGAGAAGUGCAGUGUUGUUUUAGAAAAGCAUUGCUCUUUUCCCCUAAUGCCUCGAUUUUACUUUCUGAGAUUUCCUACUAACUCUCAGCAACUCGUUUAACACUUUUUUGAUUCUGUCCUUGUGGUGUAAUGAAAACUGCUUUAUGAUAAUUCGAAUCUGUCCCUCAUUCUUUGUGGGAUCUUACAAGUCGUCAUCUCAGAUCUGUUUUCUUCAGCUACAUGUCCAGCAUUAUUUAUUAGACUGUAUAUUUUGCGAGAUACUGAAGCAACAUUGGCUGCACUCGUGUUUACUUAUCCUGAUAAACACAAACCAGCAUGUACUUUUCUUUCCCUCAUGAUCUUCUGAUACAAAGACAAAAAGACAUAUCACAAGCUGUUCUGAAGAGCCUUUCAGUACAAUAGCCAUUUUCAUAAACUGCAAGAAUUUCCCUUUUAAGGUCAUUUCAGUUUCUUAUUUUAAAAAAAGGAAAAAAAAGAAGAUUAAAAAAAAAGAGUGACAGUGUUUUAUUAAUCUUCUAAACUAUGAGGAUGAUUGUGCCUUUGGAGUAAUCAAAUGGAAUUCAAAUGUUUUUAAUUUAAGAUAUGAAUAAAUUAAGAAUUUCUAAAACCGUGAAUGUGUCCAGCCUUUUGUUCUGUCUCUAAUAUACUUUUGGAAAGUGUACCAGUGUUUGAGAUCUGAAAUGGUGGCAGACACUUUUGUCACUCUAGCUUAAUGGCACAUGUUGCUUCCUGUUUUUUUUAAAAAAAUAGGGUCGUCCAUGAAGGUGCUUGAUUUCAAAAACGAGUUCCUGUCUGAACGUGGUUUCAAGAAACCAUGUGCCCGCAGCCUUUGUGGUUUCCUCUUACAUCUUUUAAGGAAGUCAAUAAUGAGAAGACUGCACUGGUUCUUUGUAAAGAUGGCUGAAAAACACAGACCGGAAAACCAAGCAGCCAUGCCUGCAUGCAGUAGGUAGGUCAUUCUCAGACAGGUGUUUGAGCCUGAUGCAGAACCUAGAAUAUGUAAUGUAUAUGCUAGUAUAUGAAAGUAUACACUCACUGAUCACAGGCUGGUUUGAUUAUUUCAGAAACUGCUGAUCUCCUGUGAUUUUCAUGCACAAAAGUCUGUACAGUUUUGGGCAGCAACAGCAUGAAUCCAUCGAUCCAACCUUGUGUCAACAGUCCAGGCUGGUGGUGGUGGUGUAAUGGUGUGGGGAAUGUUUUCCUUGCACACACUGGGCUGCUUAAUACCAGGCAAGCAUGGCAUGAAUGCCACGGCCUAAGUGCUGUUGCUGACCAUGUGCAUCUCUUCAUGGCCACAAUUUACCCAUCUUCUAAUAGCUACUUCCAGCAUGAUGAUGCACCAUGUCACAAAGCAAAAGUCGUUUCAAACUGGUCCAUUAACAUGAUAUUGAGCUCAGUAAUGUCCUCCCCACUCACCAGACCUGAACCCAAUAGAGAACUUUUGAGAUGUGGUAGAAUGGGAGGUUUGCAGAAUGAAGGUGCAACUGACAAAAUCUGCAGUAAUUAUGUGAUGCACUCAUGUCAACAUGGACCAGAAUCUCAAAGAAAUGUUUCCAACACCUUGAGGUCCUACCCAGUAUUACUAUGGUGUUCCUAAUAAAGUGACUAGUGAGUGUAUGUAUACAUGUUUGCAUAUAAGAAAAUUUGAACACUUUUAUACAGGGCUGGCUAAACUAGAUGAGUAAGGAUAAUAUUUGAAAAAAAAAAGAAGAAAGUCAUGUGAUCUUUAGAAUUUUUUUGCAGACACACACACAGACUCUUGUGCCGUUUUUUAAUCCAAAGUAGCUUCCGUCUGUAAUUGUGGACCACAAUAGGAAGUGUCAUAUAACACCCUUUCCUGUCUCUCUCACCCCCCACCACACACACACACACACAGAGAGAGAGAGAGAAAGAGAGACUCUUUCACAAAGACCAGAUAAAUACAGUAGCUUUUACAACUUCCAUACAGUUCAGCACAAAUCACAGAUCGGCCAGUGUACGGUUUGUUGUUGAAAGAUUACAUCUUCAGUUUUGCACAGUAGCUACGAGGCUAAUGUAGCUAACAAAUAAUGUAAGCAUAUUACCAUUAAUGAUCAUAAUACAUACUGCAUACCAAAAAUGAUCCCUUGCCUGAUUUACUAUCACACUGGCUUUUAAUUGUUGAAGGAAACACAUUAAAUGUGUUUCCAGGCAUGUCAAAAAUAAAGAUUUAAGGUCUGGUUUUGCUGUUAACUCCUAAAAACAAAUGUGAAAGAAGGUCUUUUCUCAUUUUCCACAGGCAUUCAGUGUCGUAUUAAUGAGAAAUUGUAGAAGUUGUGGAGACACUGGACUUCAAGUUUGUGACUGUAAAGCAGCUGGAUGCCACAGUGGCACUGAGUUACAGCAGAGACUUGACUCAGCUAGUUAGUGAAAUUUCUAUGAGAUGAAAUUUGAAGCUUUGGGAGCUGAUCUGUUUGGGCCGAGUCUACAGAGGAGGAGGUGAGAGAGCCGGACAGACUAAAGGACUAAAGCGCUGCUGCACUCUCUUCAGAUU